AUGUCGAAGCUUAUCACAAUUCUAGGUAUCACUGGCGUACAGGGUGGCUCUGUCGCGGACGCAUACCUCCAAACUCCAAGAUGGAGGAUCCGUGGUAUUACACGGAAUCCAGGGUCCGAAGCUGCACGGGCGUGGGCCUCAAAGGGCGUCGAAGUCGUCCAGGCAGAUCUCGACGAUGUGGAGUCACUCAAGCGUGCCUUUGUCGGAGCAGACGUGAUCUUUGGCGUCACCGACUUUUGGACCAUCAUCAAAGAUCCUGCCAGCAGCGCCAAAAAACGACCCGGUCAAGAACUCGUUGAAUAUUGCUACGAGGUUGAGCUACAGCAGGGAAAGAACAUAGCCGAUGCUGCUGCCACUGUACCGGGCCUCCAUCGCUACGUGUUCAGCUCAAUGGCAAAUGCGGCCAAGGAGAGCAGGGGCAAGUACAGCAAGCUGUACCAUAUGGACUCCAAGGCGGAGGCCGCCGAGUAUGCGCAAACACUCCCCGCUCUUCGGAACAAGUCUUCCCAGGUCCAAGCCCCCGUCUAUUUCAAUCUUCUCUGGCAAUGGGGCCUUCCAACGACACCCAAGAAGCAAGCUGAUGGAACUUGGCGUUUGAGCGGAAUCGGCCCUGGUGACAAAGGCAUUCCACUCGGCCACGUCCGAAAGGACCUCGGGCCUUGCGUCAAGGCCGUCGCGGAGGCCGAGCCUAAUGUGAACCUUUUCGCGAUCGGCGAGUACGUAUCGUGGACAGAAUGUCUCAGGAUCUUUUGCGAAACUCAGGGACUCAAGUAUGGCGGGUAUGACGAGCUCUCAUUCGACCAGCUCUGUGACCUGCUGCCCGGUGGCAUCGGUCAUGAGUUUGGCUUGAACAUGCUGUUCGCUUUCGAGUUCGGCUACGCGGGAACUGACCCUGCACUGAUCACACCCGACAAGCUUGGCGUUCGAAUGACUUCAUUUCUUGAUUAUUGCAAGGAGACAGACUUUUCUGCGAUCCUUUCGUAG